AUGCCCUAUAUUUCGACAGAGGCCCUCGUAGGAGCUGCCCUACUUGUCGCACUCGCGUUUGGAUAUCAACACAUCACUGCUAGCGGGAACGACGCCACCUCGUCCGCUAAGAAGAAGAAGAAGAAUAACAAGAAGAAGAGCAAGUCUGCUGUGCCGGACGAUGUCGCUCCGAUCGCCGUGGCUAGUGGAUCGGAGACGGAGACGAAGAACAACAAGAGCAAGAAGAAGAAUAAAGGGAAGCAGCAAGCGACAGUGAAGGAUCCGAAAUCCACCCCACCCGCAACCACACCGCGGUCGCCUGCACCCGAGCCGGUUCCCGACGAGCCUAAGUCUUUCGCUGAAGCUGCGCAAGAAGAUGGUUCCCAAGAGCCAAAGAAGCCUAAGAUGUUGGCAGAGAAGCUCCUGCCUAAGCCUCGCAAGACGAAGGUGGACGACAUGCUGGAGCCUGAGGAUCGCGCCCCGCAAAUCGCCCGCGUGAUGAAGAUCGUGCACGACACGCCUGCAUCUCAGAAGGUUUCUUCCUUCGGGGAUGACUACGAGGAUGAUUCGGAGGGUUCUUCUACCAAGCCCCAGAAUGAUGGCUGGAACGUUGUGGCUGCAAAAAAGAAGCCUGUGUCCCUCAGCAUUGGUGGAACGCCUGCGCCUUACAAGCACAGCAACGACACUAGUGAUGGCCUCACGAAGCUGCAGCGCAAGAAUCAAAAGAAGGCUGAGGCCAAGAAGGCGGCGAAGGCGGCCGAGGAGGCUGACCGUUUGCGCCGCCUGGCGAUGCACAAGAAAGACUUGGAGAGGUGA